CUGAGAGCUGUUAAUAGCAUCCUCUCUGCGCUCAGCUGACAGCAGGACGCACCGCCGCGCCGCCGCGCCGCGCCUCGCCGCGCCGCUCACCUCCUCUCCAGCCCAGGUUGUGUGUCAUCAGAGGCUCGCUGUCACGAUGGAUGUCUCUCCCGUCUCUUUACCUUUUCAUUCGAUGAUGAAACCCACAGACGAACUCUGCUUACCCAGCUCACAACACGUUUCUUUCAAUGAGCACCUUUAGAACUGAACCAAGGGGCUCUGUCAUACAUUUUGUUGUAGAAAUUUAUUUAUAAAGACACAUUACCUCACAAGUCACAGCCAAACCUCAUAAAUCGGCUUGGUUUAACUCCUCAUGAUGGAUACAACCACUCUAGCAACCCUGGCCGCUGCCACCACCGUGGCUCUGGCCUCUCAGUCUGACAUGUCAGGCUACUUGUGGCUGCUGGUGGUAGGCUUCAUCAUCGCCUUCAUCCUGGCCUUCUCCGUGGGGGCCAACGAUGUGGCCAACUCCUUCGGCACGGCGGUGGGCUCCGGGGUGGUCACCAUGCGCCAGGCCUGCGUCCUGGCCACGAUCUUCGAGACGGUGGGCUCGGUGCUGCUGGGGGCCAAAGUCAGCGAGACCAUCCGCCAGGGGAUCAUCGACGUCCGGAUGUACAACGGCUCCGAACACGUCCUGAUGGCAGGGUCCAUAAGCGCCAUGUGUGGCUCUGCUGCGUGGCAGCUGGCCGCAUCAUUCCUGAAGCUCCCCAUUUCUGGAACUCACUGUAUUGUCGGUGCAACAAUUGGCUUCUCCAUGGUAGCCAGAGGUCACCAAGGGGUCAGAUGGAUGGAGAUACUGCGCAUUGUGGCGUCCUGGUUCCUCUCACCUGUGCUGUCAGGCAUCAUGUCAGGAAUCCUCUUCUAUUUUGUUCGUAAAUUCAUUCUGAACAAGGCUGACCCCGUCCCCAACGGCCUCAGAGCUCUUCCCGUCUUCUACGCCAUCACCAUGGGCAUCAAUCUCUUCUCCAUCAUGUUUACAGGAGCACCACUGCUGGGUUUUGACAGAGUGCCGUGGUGGGGUACACUGUGCAUUUCGCUGGGCUGUGCCUUCGUCACAGCUUUGGUCGUUUGGUUCGUUGUCUGUCCACGCCUCGAGAAGAAAAUCAAACGAGGGACGGCUGCUGCUCCCUGCGAAACUCCGCUGAUGGAGAAGAACGAGCAGCCCCCGGCGCCUCGAGACCCUCGCCCCCAGACGCCUCCAGCAGACAGCCAGAAGGUGGCUUUCAAACUGGGAGGCUCAGAGGAAGCUGAUUUGGACAGCAAUGACAUGGAAACCAAAGACUUGGAUGCCAUCAAUGGUCUGAACGGCACCAUCGGCCCCAUGAUGAUCACGGAUCCUCACAGCGGACGCUCCCACACCAUCCACAAAGAUUCUGGCCUUUACAAAGACCUGCUGCACAAGCUUCACAUGGCUAAGGUGGGAGACUGCAUUGGAGACAGUGAUACAGAAGAGCGGCCCAUCAGGAGGAACAACAGCUACACCUCCUACACCAUGGCCAUUUACGGCAUUCAAGGAGAUCCUAAGUACAAGGAGCCGGACGGCGGGCUGCAGAGAAGGUCGAGGGUGGACAGCUACAGCAGCUACAGCUCAGCAGUGACCAGCGGGAGCACGGUCCAGGACGGGAGCGUGACCCAGGAAGCCGGCACGGGCCUCCCCGUGGAGGAGGACGAGCUGGAGGUCGACCAGCCAGCCGUUUCCUCGCUGUUCCAGUUCCUGCAGAUACUCACGGCGUGCUUUGGAUCCUUCGCCCACGGAGGUAACGAUGUCAGCAAUGCGAUCGGUCCACUGGUGGCCCUCUGGCUUCUGUAUGAGAGCGGCUCUGUGGUGUCCAACUCGCCGACACCCAUUUGGUUGCUUCUUUACGGCGGAGUGGGCAUCUGUGCUGGACUGUGGGUGUGGGGACGAAGAGUGAUCCAGACCAUGGGCAAAGACCUUACACCCAUUACACCCUCCAGUGGAUUCAGCAUUGAGCUAGCUUCAGCGCUCACAGUUGUUGUGGCAUCAAACAUCGGUCUUCCUGUCAGCACAACACACUGCAAGGUCGGCUCUGUGGUGGCCGUGGGAUGGCUGCGCUCCAGGAAGUCUGUGGACUGGCGUCUGUUCAGGAACAUCUUCAUCGCUUGGUUUGUUACAGUUCCCAUCUCUGGGCUGAUCAGCGCUGCCAUCAUGGCUCUCUUCAUACACGUUGUUCUGUGAGCCGCCGUCGGGCCGCGCUGCCGCUUCACCUGACGGACUGACAGAGAGCUUAUGAAACACGCUGGUCUCUGUUAACGACCUUCAUGAGAUCACUGAGUGUCAUUUCAGGGUCGAGCCGGUGAUGACAUCUCCAUGACUGAUGUAGGAUGACAACACUGUUCACAUAUCCUGUGAUCCUGUAUAUCCUCAUGUAUAUUUGUAUAAAAGCAUUAUUGUGUUUGAAAUCAAAACAUUCAGUUUGGAAUGAGAAAGCACAGAAACAGUUAUCUUCUACUUUUGCAUUUUUGGAUGUAAUGAAACAAAGAGUUGCUUGAUUUGAAAGGACUUCAAUGUAUUUUACUCACUAUUAAACAUUUUCCACUGAAUCGUA